AUGAAGCUCAGCCGAACAUGCGUCCCCAGCUGCCUCCUUGCCCUCCUCCCCCUCCACACCUUAGCUAUACCAGCCUCUCCAGCAGACCUGAACUCCCGCGCCAUCACAACAUGCCGAGUUGUCAAUACGGAGUCAGAAGUGAAGUGCCGCGCGGGGCCUGAUUUUGACUACGACGUUCGAACAUCCGUCUACCCAAACGGAAUAUACGACUUCAGCUGUUCCGAGGGACCCUUUAAUGACUGCGUUCACGAUCUGUGA